AGAUGGGAUUGUGAGCAAGAAAGAGGAAAAUGCCCACCAAGGCAUCCCUGGGCUGGUGGAGCCCGAAGGCUUACUCUCGGGACGCUCCAAGGAGAACAGUUCCCAGAGCCUGCACAGGACCCAGUCCUCCCACGCAGGUCAGAAAGGGUUCAGAGACCUCCUCUGGGGAAGAGGCAAAGCCGAGUGACGCUGCGGGGAAAAAGUUUCAGGAGGCUGCCAGAUAUUAUCCAGCAGCGAAAUCCUUCUGUGGGGAGACUGACGAUAUGUGGGGACUGCGGGAAGAGCUUCCGGGUGAGCUCCAACCUCGUCCAGCAUCGGAGAAUCCACACUGGAGAGAAACCCUUCUCCUGCGCCGAGUGCGGGGAGAGUUUCCGGCAGCGGUCGCAUCUCAUCCAGCACCAGAGAAUCCACACAGGGGAGAGGCCCUACGAGUGCUCCGAGUGCGGAAAGAGCUUCAGCAUGAGCUCGAAGCUGAUCCGGCACCAGGUAACCCACACCGGGGAGAAGCCCUACAAGUGUGCCGAGUGCGGGAAGAGCUUCUCCGGGAACUCGCAGCUCGUCCAGCACCAGCGAGUGCACACCGGGGAGAAACCCUACGAGUGCAGCGACUGCGGGAAGAGCUUCAGCGUGAGCUCAGCCCUGACGCGACACCAGCGGGUCCACACCGGGGAGAAACCCUACGAGUGCGCGGAGUGCGGGAAGAGCUUCAGCCAGAGCUCCGAGCUGAUGAAGCACCAGCGGGUCCACACCGGGGAGAAGCCGUACGAGUGCUCCGAGUGCGGGAAGAGCUUCACCGUGAGUUCAGCCCUCAUCCAACACCAGCGGUUCCACAUGGGCGAGCGCCCCUACGGGUGCACCGAGUGUGGAAAGAGCUUCACCGUGAGCUCCCACCUCAUCCAGCACCGCCGCUUCCACACCGGGGAGCGCCCCUUUGAGUGCAGUGAGUGCGGGAAGAGCUUCCUGUGGAGAUCGGCCCUGCUGCGGCACCACCGGGUCCACACAGGGGAGAGGCCCUACGCCUGCGCUGACUGUGGGGACAGCUUUCGGCAGAGCGCCCACCUCAUCCAGCACCGGCGCAUCCACACCGGGGAGCGUCCCUACGCCUGUGCCGACUGCGGGAAGGGCUUCACCGUGAGCUCUGCGCUCCUCCGGCACCAGCAGAUCCACAGGGGUGGGGAGCCCUAGGAGGGGUGAGUGUGGGGAGCGGUUAGGUCUGAUACCCUGUGAGCACCCUCGGGAGCGAAGCCCAGUGUCUCCUCUCCCUUUGCUCUAUUGACCGCCCUGCUUGCGGAGGGUGAGAGCAGUUUCUUUUUAGGAGAACGAGUCCUAAAAGAGAGAGAUGGAAGAAGGGAAGAGUCGGUGCAAGGAGCUGAAUUGGAGGUUUGGGGAAGAGUGUGUGACACAGCGGGGGAAGGAGGUGGUGUUUGGAUGGACAGCUCUUGGGAGAGGGAGAGAAAGGAAGUAGCUUGAAAAGGCUGGAAUGUACAUGGUGGUGUAUUUUAGAGGAAGGGAAAUACCUUGCCUUUUCUCUGUGUACACACGUUUCGGACAAUUUAUAGAGUGAACCAAAUGGACCAUCGUAGAGCCUGCAACGCCCUGACUAGAUGAACAAAAGCUCUUGCAUUCCCUCCCUGCCACUUUGUUCAGAGGCUCUGAAUUACCCUCCUCAGUCCAUGGGCUGGGCCUGUAGCACAGAGGAGCCAACAGCCUGCUGUGCCUCAACCCGCCCGUGCUGCCCCCGUGCCCUGGCCUGCCCGGCUGUGUCCCACGGCAGGCCCCGUUCACCGGCUGUCGGUGCGGGUGGGCUGUCCCGCCGGGGCGCGGAGCCAGCCCUGCUGGUGCUGAUCACGGCACGAGUGUGCGGUACUUGGUGUCCACCUGGGCGGGGGCCAGAGCCCCCGUGGGAGCCGAGCUGGGUGUUAGUGGGGCUUGGUGAUUUCUAAAGCUGCCAAAUAAAACCAUCG